AUGACGAGCACCCAAUCAUCAUCGCUCUCCUUCACCUCCUCUUUCAAAACAUCAUCGUCCUCGCGAAAACAACGACAACGACGACGACGACGAAGAAGAGCUCACUCCUUCAACGACGAACUCGUCGUCGUCAAAGCUUCAACGAACGACGACGAGGAAUUCGUCUCUGCUUUGAACGCGAAAUUCGCCAUCCCAACCUCCGUCUCGUUUUUCCAUGAUGAAUGCGAUGAAACAAAAUCUUCCCCGUACGUUUCUUUGACGCACAAAAACGGGUCCACGGCGAAAGUGUACCUGUUUGGCGCGAAUUGCGCGUCUUGGACGCAACCGACGGGCGACGAGGUUUUGUUUGUGAGACCAGAUGCGAAAUUUGAUGAAUCGGUUCCAAUUGCGGGUGGAAUCCCGAUAUGUUUCCCGCAAUUCGGAAUGAACGGUCCAAUGUCGCAACAACACGGGUUCGCGCGAAACAUGCGAUGGGAAGUCAUAGGCACCUCCGCGGACGUGAAUCCGGAUGACCCGGAACCGGCGGUUAUGUUGUCGCUGAAAUCGAACGAGGAGACGAGGAAGAUGUGGCCGUUUGAGUUUGAGUGCACGUACGAGGUAACUUUAAGAAGGGAGAAGUUGAAAUGCGAAUUUUGCGUGAAGAAUUGCGCGGAUGAUUUGAAAGAUGAGUUGGAGUUUACCGCGGCGUUGCACAGUUACAUCGAGGUGGUGGACGCGACGGAUUCGGAAAACGUGUACGUCAAAGGGAACUUGAAGGGUAAAUCGUACAUGGAUAAAGAGAUAGACGCGAAGAAUCCACCGUUGAUGACGUACGACAAAGAUAGGGUGACGUUUGGUACGAAACUAGUGGACUCGAUAUUCUUGAAUACAGAUCCAGAGGUGCUUUUGCACGUCGGUAACGGCGCCGCGGUGAGCGUGGAAAACACGACGGGGUGGAGGGACCACGUGAUUUGGAAUCCACACGAAAACAUGCCGCAGUGCUAUAAACAAUUCGCGUGCGUGGAAAGUGCGUGCGCGGUGAAACCAGUGGUACUUCCAGGAGAUGGGUACGUAUGGAAAUCGGAGAUGAACUUGACCGUGGUGACUUUAUAA